AUGUUUACAGAUAAUCCAUCGUACUUUUCAUUGUCUGGCGGGACAUCGUCGUCGAAAGCGACAGUGACGACAACGUCAGCAUCCCCGACGUCGCCCAGGAGUUUUUCUGCUUUAUUUCGUCGAAGGACCUGCAAGAUGGGUGCGGCUACUUCAUCCCAGAGUGGCGUCCUGAUCUCAGAAUUCACGUCUAAUGUGCAUCACGAGGGUUGCGGCAACGCGACAGGCACGUCAACACCGUCGACACCAACGGAGGAGCGUGUUCCGAUGCUGUCGCAAAACGGCGCGAUCUAUCCCGGAUGCGGCAAAAGGAGGAGUUUCCGCAAUCUCUUCCGGUCCGUGAGCGCGAAUGCGGAACAUGAACGUACUCAAAAGUUCCUCAAAGGCGACCCGAGGCCGUCCGACGUUGCGCCACCGUCACCAUAUUUACCUCACAGGUCACAUUCGCACUCUGAAAAGGAUCGGCGUCAUCCAGGUCGGACCAGAAGAGUCUUGAAAUCUGCCAGCGAACUUCUGUCUAAUGAUAUGAUUUAUUGCGGUGUAGCGAGUAAUUCCAAAGAUCAAAAUGAUGGUGACAAUCAUAACAACAACGAUGAUGAUGAUGAUGAUGCCACGGAAGUUUUCUUCGGUGUAGAUGAUGCCAGAUAUUAUAAUGUUUCCUCUACUCUUCCCACAACGGCCAGCCGAAGAAGACACUCAAUCGGCACUUUCCUCGGGAAAGAAACAAGGACAUCCAGUAAUAUUGCGACUCUUGAACGACAAACGGGAAGAUCCAGAAAUCUAUUGGAAACAGAUACAGCUCCAGUACCGCUCGAUGAUAUCGAUGGUAUACAUUGCAACAAGGACAAACAAUUGUCUUGCAACAGGACUAAGCGAAGAAGACACAAAAGCUCCAAUAAAGGGUCGCAUUCAGCUACAGUCUUAUCAAGAGACGGACAUGCAGAGGACGAUGUCGUUUUCGUCUCUAGCAAGGAAAGCGAGGCUUCUAAUUUAUGGGUUAACUACCUCACCGCAUGUUUCGAGCAAAUCAGCCGUCAACAAGGACGACCGCCGUUCAAAGUACGUCACAUCGCGAUUGAGGAACCGAUAGCACCGAAAACAGAAGACAAGAUUCGAUCUUCUCGCCUUCAGAUCGUUGUCGUGUGCCCGGUAUUGCUAGAACGCGUUCGAACCAAUCCAGAGCACGCCGUUCAUCUGACAAACCAUCUGGUCCCCGAAAAAGUACUAGCAAUGAUGUUGGGUGUUCAUGACAGUCACAUCAAUGACACUUAUAAAUCCAGUUUAGUUUCCUGUGAUCAGUGGAGAAAGUUUUUCGUAAAAGACCAGGACGAGACAUUCGUCGGGGAAUUAUUGGGUGCAGCGGUUGCUAUUUUAGGUACUAUGCCACCGGCAGCCCUCAGAAACGACAAAACUGUAUUUUCCGUGCAUCCAAAAAAGGUCAAAAUGGGACAGAAUAGGAUAAUCGUUUUAUUAAACGAUCCGUUGAGUCCCAGAGAUAACGUCUCUGUAGUUGUUGAUCGUUGCGGCGACGCAAUCGACAUUAGCAACGUAAAAAGAAGAAAUCCUUACGCGCUACAAUUUUCGAUACCAGAAAAAUGUCUCGAAGUCUCUAUGUUGGUCGGCGUAAGAAUAAGCAAGAAUGGAUGUUCGCUCGGAGUUAGACAAGUCAAAUGCGAAAGUAGGCUCAGGGAAUUAGAUCAGAUUCUCAGAGCGCACGAUAAUCCUCUUGAAUUUAUGUGCCAGACUUUCGGCUUCAGUUCUACUGACCGAGAAAAGUUUGACAAUUGGAUGGUCCAUGCAUUUCAAAAAAAUAUGCCUCCUCAUUUCAAUCUUUUAUCCACCCCGAACGGUAUAGUGCCCACCCAUAAAAGUUGUACGAGUCCAGAAGAAAAUCCGACAUUGUUACAUUUUGCUGCGCGAUUUGGCUUGGAAAAACUAGCAUGGCAAUUAUUGGAGUGUCCUGGUGGCGAUCUGGCAUGCGAUUUGAAAAAUAUUUCCGAGCUGACACCAGCUGAUCUUGCUGAGCAAACUGGACACGCGAGACUGGCCCAUCAACUACGGGGCUACAUGCAAAUGAACGAGUUCACCAACAUGUAUAGCUACCUCAAAGUUAUGAGUCAGACGAAUCGAUCAGCAGAAACAAAUUCAACUACCGAUGUCUCGUCAACGACGGUCACAAACGAAAUCAAUAAUGAAAAAGAAGAUUAUUGUCGACCAAGACCUUUAAGCGAGGCUUAUUCAGUACCACCGAUCGCAAGGCCGGUAACAAUUCUACUCCCAAGUCUGCAAACAGCAAGUAUCUCUAAUACGACCACAAAUCCCUUAGCCGCAAAUUAUUCGAUCGUACCGACGCCCACGUUAGUAAUUAAUAACCAGCUGCCGUCCACACCCACAUCCACGACCUCAGUCACGUCAAACGGAUUGAAUACGUCUUUCCAAGACUACAUGAAAAUGCAUGCCGCUGGUCCGAAAACAAUUACAACGAAUACAACGAAUUAUCAGCCAUCUCGAGCAGAUACAUCUAUUCGCCAAGAAUGUCCUCAAGAAAGUUACUCGGGAAUACGAGAGGAUAAUUACGGUCAGAAAAUAUGUCAGAAUCUUUCCUACGGCAGAACAUCUUCCAACAGUAGUACCAAAUCCAGAGAACCGUCAGGCCCUCAAGACGAGCUUCUAGAGAUUAUAAACGAUUUCAAAAACAAUGUCUUUACGAUAUCCGAAGUGGAGAGGCUCGUCGAAAAUUGGCAGAAGCGAAAUGACGUUCAGCAAAGUUUUAAGGACAAGCAACGACAGCUUAUGGCAAUGCGAGAGGAAUACGAUAAAAUACAAAAAAGAAUGAAAGAAGAGAUGAAGACCCCGACGCCUUUCGAUAAGAUACGAAAGUUCUUUUCCAAGGGAAAGAAAGAGACAAAGGAGUCUGCUGGAGUUGCCUCCGAUUCUUCUACAAGCAAAUCUGAAAGUAUUAACGGCGGAUUAGCUGAUCGCAGGCCUGUCAGCAGUUUAAGUCUUCGUAGCGUCUCCAGUUCAUCAUCAUCUGGUAGAAUGAGCACUGUCAGCGGUUGCAGCGGUGCAAGCUUGGGCGACAGUGGAACUCAUUCCGAUUCCGAAGACAGAAGAAAUGUCAGGGAUGAAAAAACUGGCAUAACAUCCUACGAAAUACCACCUGCGCCUAAACCCUUCACAGGCAGAUACUCACCGGCAUCUGGGUAUUCCCCAUCACCGAGUCUCUCUAUCGCGUGUGACCUCGAACUCCGACAGACACAGUCACCGUCCAGAGUCAACGAUAAUGAGUAUUACAUUGCAUUUCCACCGUCGGGAUUACCUGUUCAUGCGUUUAAAACGGAUGGCUCUCCGAGGGAACCGAGUACGCCAAGUUCACCAUGCGAUCAUCCAAUGAAUAAUAAUCACGACUUCGUCCAAAAUGUCGCCGUCUCAUCGGAUAAACGCCAAGAAGAAAUUGAAGUGACGAAACUUGCUAGCAACAAUAGCUAUACGAACAUCGAUCCGGUGGCAUCGAUUUCCACUCCAAUCGCGCCGCCAGGAAUGUGCAUCCCAGACUACACUAGCAACGAAUCGACGUCCAACGAUUCCGUUCAUAUGGAUCGGGAAGUCGUGGAAGAACACAUUGAUGAUAUCGCCAAGGCGUGUCCCAAUACUGCGAAAAUGAAGUCACCGUUCACUCAAUCUACCGUUGACGAGGUCGACUCUGCGCUCGCUGUUCGAGGUCAAGAGACCGCAGGGACAAUACGCGAUGAGGAGCACGUGCCGACAGACUCGGCGAACAUUUUGAAAAACAUAAAUGAGGUCACCGAGAUUAAAAUGCCAGAAUAUAUGAACCUUGCUAUUAAUAUGAGUCACGAUGCUGCCAAGGUUCUCGGCGCCAUACCAAAGAAGUUGCCUGCACCACCCGUGCCACCGCGAGGUACAACCUUUCAUACUGUAUAAUUUCACGUGACUUUUUUUAUAAUACGAAGACAAAACUCAUCGCGUUAAUGAUCAACAAAAAUAUAUAAAGAUAAAAAU